AUGAAGAGCCUUUCGUGCAGUGACCCGGUCUCAUGCGCCGGAGAUGCCACGUCGCCAGCCACUCCCGCAGCUAACUCGUGUAGAGAAAGACCCACGCGGCCCGUGAGUGCGUUCUCCCUGGAACCGACAGAUAGAGAAGGUGGAGGUGGAGCCAGCACACAGACCGGAAGGACGCAAGCAACAGAGCACACGUAGCCAUUUGGCUACCCUGGCAGGGUGGACCCUGUCCAGGGUGUCUAUAAAAGACCCUGCCGGCGGUGCACCCUGUUGCCGUUCACAAGGUGGGUACCCUGGCAGGGUGGCCAAAAAACCACCCUGCCAGGGUACCCACCUUGUGAACGGCAACAGGGUGCACCGCCGGCAGGGUCUUUUAUAGACACCCUGGACAGGGUCCACCCUGCCAGGGUGGCCCGAAUUGCACCCUGUAAGCAAACUGCGGCAGAAAUUUUGUGUGGUGUGCUGUUUUGCACUCUGUUUUUUCGUGGUUGUCGAUGGCUUGUGAGCAUACGCCUCCGGGUUAAUCGCGAACGAUCCCGAUUUUCAUGCCAUGUCGUCGCUCAAUCGUACAGCACCAACGCCGACACGAUUAUCACGCGCAUCCUCUGCACAGAUCGACUCGGCAUCCUGCCAACAGUCAUUUCUGCGUCAGGGUCGAAUCCACGUAAAGAAGAAUGUUCAGAAUGUUAAGAGUUUGCCCGAUGCUCGUCACAGAACCCAAAAAACAUCACGCAAAUGCAAUGAUGGGGCUCACAACCCCAACUUGAUUUCCACGCUUUCAACGGAAUGUGAAUGUGCACGACAUGUCCAUGACGUGCACCAAGCAAAUCAGGACGCAUGGUGAGCCAC